AUGCUCGUCCAUUUCACACGUUAUAGACUUGUUCGCAAACCUGGAAUCUACCGCCGCGCUCUCUUGGGUUUGUCCAUAUGUUUCAUAGUCUGGACUGUGUUGGAGGUGCUUUUCAUUCAGCACCGGAUCUCCGCCGUCGAUCGGAUUCCAUCCACUCCGCCACACCAGUUCGAGCGGAUCUUUAUUGCCAGUACGCACUGGAACAAUGAGGCUAUCCUCCGGAGCCAUUGGAACAAUGCAAUUGUUCAACUAGUAAAAACAUGGGGCCCGGAGAACGUUUUCGUGAGCAUUCAUGAAAGCGGGAGCUGGGACGACACCAAGGGCGCGCUGCGGGAACUUGAUCUCGAGUUGGAUCGAUUAGGCGUACGGCGAAAUCUUACACUUUCUGAGACAACUCAUCAAGACGAGAUCUCAGCUUCUCCGGGCGAUGGUUGGAUUGACACUCCCCGUGGCCGAAAGGAAUUGAGACGCAUACCGUAUCUUGCUCGGCUGCGCAAUCUAACCUUACGUCCGUUGGAGGAUCUGGCACGGAACGACAUAGUAUUCGACAAAGUGCUUUUUCUAAAUGAUGUGGUCUUCAUGGUGGAUGAUGUGAUCUCGUUACUCGAUACAAACGACGGUGUUUACGCCGCCGCUUGUGCUUUAGACUUCUCCAAGCCUCCUCGCUACUACGACACAUUUGCGCUACGUGAUUCUAACGGGGAUGAGACUUUGAUGCAAGAAUGGCCUUAUUUCCGCAGCGCAAUUUCGCGGAAUGCACUGCUCGCGAUGUCUCCAGUACCUGUGAAGAUAGCCAUGUCAGCAACCCCAUUUUUAUCAAAAGUACCGUUGCGAUUCCGUGCAAUACCCGAUUCUCUUGCGCAGUUCCAUCUGGAGGGCUCCGAAUGUUGCUUAAUCCACGCAGAUAAUCCUCUUUCCCCAACGAAAGGCGUCUAUUUGAAUCCUAAAGUUCGUGUUGGUUAUACCGACCUGGCAUACGCGGCCGUUCAUCCUACUACGACGUGGAUCUCGCUACACAAUAUCGCCCUGGCCCUUUGGGAGAACCGGAUUCGACGCUGGACCACGAGUCUGUUCUUCCAAAGAUGGGCCAUUCGAAGAACCACCACCAGUUGGGAGAGACACGACGACACUCGGUUGGAGCCUGCUACAUUUUGUUUAAUCAACGAGAUGCAGGUUCUUGUGGGGAAUGGGUGGGCUCAUGUGUGA